CCCCCCACCCCCCACCCCCAUCACAGCCACCGCCAGCCCAGUGGGAACAGGGGAAAAUGCCACCGGCUUCCCGCGGCUACGGUCACGGCGGCGGUCUAGCAAACACUUCUGGUCCUCUCGGUUCCCGCCCAUCCUGUGUGGGCAGAACCGGGGCUGCCCAAGGUAGCUGAAGCCAAAAGAGGGCUACCCCAUCCAGUCUGCGCCGCGGAGGAUGAGCGAGGCCGGGCCCGGGCCAGGGGCGAGGGGGCCCGUGAGCUUCGCCGAUGUGGCCGUGUACUUUUCCCCGGAGGAGUGGGGACGGCUGAGCCCCGCUCAGAGGGCCCUGUACCGGGACGUCAUGCGGGAGACCUACGGCCACCUGGGCGCGCUGGGAUUUCCAGGUCCCAAACCAGCGCUCAUCUCCUGGAUGGAACAAGAAGCGUGGGACUCCGAUGCCAAGUCUCCCGAGGGUGAAUGGGAGAAGGCAGUAACCUGUGGAGCAGGAGCUAAGAACAAGAAUAAGGAGAACAGGAAGAUGCUUGGAGCUGAGGAACGAACUUUGAUCAGGAGACUGGAAGAUGUUGGACAGCAAACAACUAGGACUGGAGAACACAAGCAUCAGCCAGCCCUUCCUCCUGCUCCCCGUCGGGGCCGCCCUCCCACAAAGCCCAGCCUGCGGGUCAACCUUCCAGCUCCCAGGACUGACAAACGCCAUGGCUGCAACAUAUGUGGGAAGCACUUUGCCUGGCGCUCCACACUGGUGGAGCACAUUUACACCCAUACUGGGGAAAAGCCCUUUCAUUGCCCUGACUGUGGCAAAGGCUUCAGCCAGGCUUCUUCAUUAAGCAAGCACCGAGCCAUCCACCGGGGAGAACGGCCUCAUCGUUGCCUCGACUGUGGCCGAGCUUUUACUCAGCGCUCAGCCCUUACCACUCACCUCCGUGUCCACACUGGUGAGAAGCCCUACCAGUGUGCUGACUGUGGCCGACGCUUUAGCCAGAGUUCAGCCCUCUCACAGCAUCAUCGUGUCCACAGUGGUGAGACACCAUUCCCCUGUGCUGACUGCGGCCGAGCCUUUGCCCAUGCCUCAGACCUCCGGCGCCACCAGCGUACCCACACAGGUGAAAAGCCAUUCCCUUGUCCAGAUUGUGGACGCUGCUUCCGGCAGAGUUCAGAAAUGGUUGCUCACAGACGAAUUCACAGUGGUGAGCGGCCCUAUUCCUGCCCUGAGUGUGGGAGGCGAUUCAGCCAGAAGUCAGCCGUAGCCAAACAUCAGUGGAUCCAUCGGCCUGGUGCUGGGGGCAGGAGGGGCCAGUUGUCUGAGGUGCUACCUAUGCAACUUGUCUCUAUCCAGGGAGACUUAGAUCCCCCAGUGGGCUUCCAGCACUACCCAGAGAUCUUCCAGGAAUCCCUUCGCGGAAGGUGGAAGACCUCGCCCCGCGAGCGCCUUCGGGCCAAUCAGGCUCCGCUGGAGGCUCCUCGCGCCUUGGAGCGACGGUUAACGCCCCCGAACAGGCGGGAAAGGGGCGGGGAGAGAGGAAAAUGGGCGGGGCACCCGAGCCAUGAGACCAAUCGCUGGCCCCUUUCGGAUGAAGCAAGGCGCGGGGGCGGCAUGAAGGGGCUCUCCCAACGGCACGCGGGGGACUCCGCUGACCGCCACGCCGCUCCCGUGCUUCGCUGGAAGGCCGGAGGAGGCGCGUCGCGGAGAUCUCGCCGUCUCCGGAGUGUGGGGGCUGCUGCUCCGGAGCUCCGGGGCACGCUUGCACGGACCAAGCGACCAGCAGACAGACGGACAGACAGCCGGCCUAGGAUCUGGGACGGAGCGUCCAGGCCACUAUCCCUGCCCCACGCGGCAGGUGCUGCUGUUCCUUUAGCACCUGCUGAGGCUCGCACCCAGGGGCCCGGGGCUUGGUCGGCCCUGCACAGGGUUAAUGCCACCGAGUCGCACCUCCGGGGCAUCCUAGAGCGGCAGCGGCGCCCGCCUAGCGGGGAGCCGGCCGAUCCGGACACUUCCUGUGCAGGGGGCGGGGGAAGGGGGCUGGGCGGCCGCAGCCCAGGGGGCGGGGCUCCGGGGAGGGAGAGCUGGAGGCCUGGGGUCAAGACAUCUGGAUUCUGGGAAGGGGAGCAGGGCCCCAGAGGCGCGCGCACACGCACCCGCUCCCGCGCCUGCCCUGGGCUGCGGGGAGCCCGCCGCUCAGGUGACUCUUCCCGGACCGCGGGGGCACCCGGGGCCCCACGCCAAGGGGGAGCUCAGACCUGGAGGGCUGGAGAGGGAAAAUUACUCUUGUUCUUCUCCAGAGGCUUCCCUCGGCUCCUGAUUUCUAAGAUGGAGCAAGAGGCCAGGCCGUGGGGCCUAGAUCCCCAGAGUCCCGAGGAGACAGAGAGCCAGAGAGGCACCCCCACAGGCAGCGAGUGUGGCAGACGGAAGAGUGUGAGUGAGAAUGAGGAAGAGAUUCCUCAGCAAGAAGACUCUGAGAAUGAAGACGUUGAAGAGAUACCCUUUGGAGUUGAACCUCAGAGUCCAGGUUUUGAUGAAAUUCCUGAGAUGCCCCUGAGCCCUGAGGAAAAGGAUCCUCUUGAUCUCUCCCUGGAGGAUGAUCCCCUGGACUCCUACACUGAAGGGUAUGAGGAUCAACCCCCUAGGGACCUGCCACUGGGGACCACCUUUGAGAUGCCCUCAGGGACCCUGCUCACUGACUCCCGGUUUGAGAUACUUCAGGAGAACCCUCUCAGCAUCACCGAGACCAUCCACAACCAGUCUCGGCGUGGUGGGGGCCCUCGAGGUCAAGGUAGGCAGCCCCCACGUCCCAAUAUUUGCGGUAUCUGUGGGAAGAGCUUUGGGCGGGGCUCCACACUGAUUCAACACCAGCGUAUCCACACGGGAGAGAAACCUUACAAGUGUGAAGUAUGUGGCAAAGCCUUCUCACAAAGCUCUGAUCUCAUCAAGCAUCAGCGUACACAUACAGGUGAACGGCCAUAUAAGUGCCCUCGUUGUGGCAAGGCCUUUGCUGACAGCUCCUACCUGCUCCGCCACCAGCGGACCCACACAGGCCAGAAGCCCUAUAAGUGCCCGUACUGUGGCAAGGCCUUUGGCGACAGCUCCUACCUCCUGCGCCACCAGCGCACCCAUAGCCAUGAGCGACCCUAUAGUUGCCCAGAUUGUGGCAAGUGCUACAGCCAGAACUCCUCCCUUCGCAGCCACCAGCGUGUCCACACAGGCAGAGGCCGUAUAGCUGUGGCAUAUGUGGCAAGUCCUUCUCACAGCGCUCAGCCCUCACCCCUCAUGCCCGAAGCCACACGAGAAAAGCCCUUCAAGUGCCCUGAGUGCGGGAAACGCUUUGGCCAGAGCUCUGUGCUUGCCAUUCAUGCCCGCACCCACCUACCUGGCCGAACCUACAGCUGCCCCGACUGUGGGAAAACCUUUAAUCGCUCAUCCACUCUGAUUCAGCACCAGCGCUCCCAUACAGGUGAACGGCCCUAUAAGUGUGCUAUCUGUGGAAAGGGUUUUUGCCGUUCCUCCACCCUCCUGCAGCACCACCGGGUCCAUAGUGGUGAACGGCCCUACAAGUGUGACGACUGUGGCAAGGCCUUCUCACAGAGCUCUGACCUCAUUCGUCACCAACGGACACAUGCAGCUGGGCGGCGCUGACCAUGGAACCCCAGGAAGCAGGAAGAGGGUCACAUUGGGAGGGGGUGGGGAUAAGCAGCCUAGAGACAUAGGUAGAGUUUUUUUUGGGGGGAGGGGGAAGGGAGAAGGGUUAGGGUCAGAUAUUUGGUUUCAGAAAAGGAAAUUGAAUACAAAACCUCUCUUGGAAGCUGAGUUAAAAAUAAAAACCUCUAUGCUUUAGGAGAGGGAGCUAGGAAAGAAGAAUUGAGUAUUCUGUCUUUUUCUGGGAAAAUAUCCCUGAAAAAGUUUUCAAAUAAGGGGUAGGAGCCAACAGCCAAGAGCAGGCCUUCCCUAUGCCCUCUGAAAGUCUUUGGGAGAAUCAGAGGAGAAUAGGCAGAGAGCUGACUGCCUAUGCACCAGUGCCAUCUGCUGGACUCCUGGAGAUGGCGAAUUGCUAGAUGUAGGGGGAUAGCUCACUAGGUGGUUAGAUAGAAUGGGAAUUAGCUUAGUUGGGAAGCUCCCAGACCCACUAGGAGUCAGGGAGAGGGUGGGACUGAGGAUUGGGGGUGGGGAUCCGGGUAUCUGGAUUGGGCCUGGCCCUAGCAUUCAGUCUGGGGUCUCCUGUGCCCCAUCCUGCUGCAUCAUCACUGAUUCAAUAAAAACCUCAAUAUGGAAAUAGA